CCGCCCCCUCGGGAGAAGGCAACUGGGGAAGAGAGAGCUCCGGGAGCUUCGCCGCUGAGUCUUCCGGGAAUUCCGCGCGUCUCACCUGGAGGAAGGAAGAGGAGAAGCGCAGCCCUCCACUUCGGCUUCAGGCCUCCCUUCUUCUUCCCUUCGGCGCCUCUCUCUUUCUCUCGAGCAGUGUGUGUGUACUCUUGGCGAGGCAAGCCGGGGAAGAUGGCCACCGGGGGCUACCGGGCCGCCUCCUCCACCCCGAACCCCACCUCCACCACCACGGACUUCUUGGAGGAGUGGAAAGCCAAGCGGGAGAAGAUGCGGGCCAAGCAGGCUCCCCCGCCGCCGGAGCCCAAAGCCCCGGGCGCCCCCGCCUCAGCCCCGGCUGCCGAGGUGAACAAUAACAGUGGAGCAGGCGGAGCGCCCCUAGAGCCCCCCGCGGGCAAAAGCGCGCCCCCCGAGGAGAAGGAGGAGAAGAAGGAGGAGGAGAAAGCCGCCAAAGGCAAGGGCCCCUCCGGUCCCAGCGCCCGCAAAGGGAAAGGGCAGAUCGAGAAGAGGAAGCUGCGGGAGAAGAGGCGCUCCACAGGUGUGGUCAACAUCCCCGCCACUGAGAGCUUGGAUGAAUAUGAUGAUGAUGAAGCAGGACAGAAGGAACGUAAAAGGGAAGAUGCAAUCACCCAGCAGAAUACAAUGCAGAAUGAGUCAGGCAGUGCCGACUCAAGUGCCUCAUACAUAUUACAGGACACCUCUAGGACAAUUUCAAACAGAUGUAAAAGCAUAACAAACGCAUCAGAUGAUGAUGUUUCUAGUAGAUAUUCACGGGCAGCAGACAGAACAGGAUAUAACAGAUAUAACAGAGAUACAAAUUCCUCUGGGAACAUCAUACCGAACAACUCUUUGGAAAAGAAGAUUGAAGAUCUUGAAAAGGAACUAGCAAAGGAGAGACAAGAAAACCUAAGGCUUGUAAGAAUAGCACAAGACAAAGAAGAGCUGAUUGGGAAGCUGAAGGAAGAAAUUGAUUUAUUAAACAGGGAUCUAGAUGAUAUAGAAGAUGAAAAUGAGCAAUUAAAGCAAGAAAAUAAGACACUCUUAAAAGUUGUUGGACAGCUGACAAGGUAGAAGAUAGAAGCCUCAAUGAGGAAUGAAGUAUGAAAACUACUGAUUGAAUGUUUAAAGAUCAAGGGGGUAGAAUAUUUCUUUCACUGCAGGAUGUCAACACAACUGACUUUGUAUUUAUUAUUGAGAGGGAGGGAGAAUAAUGAAUGUUUGACAUAAUGCUUUCUCCAUUUGGUGUAAUAAAAUCAAGCAUUAUACGUACUUCUAAACUCAUUCCCUUGCAUUGCCCAAGAUAACUAAUUCAGAUACUGACUUUCUGGAAAGCAACAUGUUCUUGAAUUUUCUAUGUGUUUUAGAUUAUAUGUAUAUAGCCCAGUUUUUUAAAAACUACCUGAUCACCAAGAUGACACUUUGUUCUGUAUGGAUACUACUUAUGGGGGUUGCUCCCCUUCCCUAAAUGAAAGGAAGUAAUAGGAGUAAACUUUGUUUACAUGAAUUCAAAUUAUAUAUUUUGGGAGAGAUUUGCUAUUUGUUUAACAGCUGUAAAGUGUGGGUGCCUUACUAUAGUACUGAUCUGAAAUAUUUUAGAAAUUGGUAAUUUCUUCUACAAAAAAUCUUGUAUUUUGUGAUUUAUUUUAUACUGUAUCUGAAAUAUUGACAAUAGUAGAUAGUAUUUUUCCCGUAUAGCUGCUCUUUGACAGACAGACAUUUUAUAAAAUAUCUGUAAAUCACAAUUCCUUUUCUCCACCAAUACUUGUCUGUGUAGUUUUUAGGAAAAUGCCCAUACUGCAGGUGAAUCACAAUGCUUUCUUGGUCCAUAGGAAAAAGUGGUUCUUUCCUAAAAGAGUAUUUUUUCUAUUUGCAAUAAGUGAAGGCCAGGUUUUGACAGGAUAAAAAUACAGCUGGCUCUCCACAUUUACAGGUUUAACUUUUGCAGAUUUGAUUAAUAUGUUCAGUCGUGUUGAAAGACAUAGAGAUUCCUAGACAGAACACGUCUAAGUAUAAUUCUAUUGUCAACCUCCAUUGGACAUUAACCAUAGAGUUGCAUUGGAGUACCUAGAGAUUCCCAAAGAGGUGUCUCACAUUUAAAAAGGUUUCUUUUUUUGAAAAAAAAACUUGUUCUUCUACUUUGGUUGCUGGAGGCUUGGGAGAGAGUCCCGUGCUUCUGAUCCCCAGGAAAGCGGAGGGCCUACUGUAAUGCUUUAUUGGACUCCAAACAAAAAGUCCUCCAGGUUUCUAUUUAAUGCUCAUUGAUAGGGAUACAAAAGAUAACGAGAGUUUAAUAAACCCAGGGGAAAGGCAAAAGAUGGCUAUUUUAGCUGUAUAGGUUUUUAAACCAAUGAGCAGUGAUUUGUUAGACGAAGACUAUUACGGUAUAUCUCAUCAGAGACUAUAUGAUAAUGGUACGUUAUUGUUUGCUCAGAAGAUUUCUCUAAUGUAGCAUCAAGCUAUAAUAAAUCAAGGAUGCCACAUUCAUUCUGUAAUAAUAUGAGCAUUUUUUCUAAAACGGAUGCAUCAGGACCUUGCUUGAUUCAUAAAAUGUGUUGAUGGCUAUAGUUUACAAAAGGGAAGUUUGUGAUUUUGGGGCCCUCUAAAAGUAUUAAAAGAAAAACUUCUAUUCUAGAAUAGCACUAAUGUUUGUUAAAAUAAAGUACACUGCAUGUUCUGUUCUGUUCUGUUACACAUCAACAUUUAUCUGUAUUGCCAUUUUAUGUGAUGAACAAUGGAAUAGUUAAACCACUGAAAGAAUUAAUGUAUUUCCAGAAUUCCAAGCCUUUUUUUACUUGAGUCAACUCUGUGGCCUUCAAGAAUAUGAAAUAUGCCCUCCUUAACCAGUUUGUGUUGAGCCUCAGCACCUGUGAUUUAGAACAGACACAAAAUGUAAAAAGCCUUUAGAAAGAAAUACCAAUUUCCAUGUCAACUUCAAGGAAAGGAUUAAGAGAGUACAGGGAACUGCUAUGCAGGCUAUUUCACCAUUGAAGAAAUCUCAGAAUAUCACCAUCACUCCUAAAACACUGUCUUCUUCCUGUGUUCUCAAAAGCAGGGGUAGAGUCUCUCAAUUGUCAAUAUUUACUAGUGCAACAUUUCUCUACUUGGUGCCCUCCAACUAUCAUAAUCUCCACCCAAUAUCCAAGUUAUUGCACACAUUGGGUUGAUGGAGGCUGAAAGCACCAUGAUAAGAAUAGCAUGUUACAGCACUGAUUCAGUCAUGUUCUUAACUAGCAUCCACUUUUCAAGGCAGUGGGCGAAGUGGUAUUUUCCAUCUUGCUGCCUGAAUAUUGGACCUGAGACUGUAUUCAUGCAGCCAUUGCCUUGCCCGUUUUUAGCCUACGAAGUGGCAUACUGUGGUAUUUCUUCAAGUUCAGGUUAGUUAUAACUAAUUUCAGUGGCAGCUAAAAGGCUACAUUUUUCCUAAUUUGGAAUGUUGACUAUUUCAUAAAUUGCACAUGUUUCGAUAGUUUGUACAAAUGAAUCAUUUCAAAAAAUGUACAUCAUUUCGGGUAUUUCCAAAUGGUACAGCAAGAUUUUUCCACAGAAAUGACAGAUUGAUUAUAAGGAUACCUUUAAACAUGCUUAUGGUUUAUAUGGACAAAAUAAAUAAAGAUUGUCAACUACCUUGA